GCAUUUGAUAGAAAGAGAAAGAAAAUAUCCAACAGAAAGCAGUUUCUGGAAAGAAAACGGAAACAAUUUACGGGGAGAAUAUUGUCAUUUUUUGAGAAAAAAUUCAGCUUAUAAUUCAUUUAAAAGGAUUAUUCAAAAAGAGAUACUUAGUAAUAAAUCUUCCUGAAUUUCAUAGAAAAACAUAUAUGCAAUAUGGGUUACGAUGGACGCAAAAGAAAUCGCUCACAUUCUAGAUCACGCUCUCGUUCACGUUCCCGUUCUCGGUCACGCUCCAGAGACCGUUUCUAUCGGAAAAGCACUAAAUCUCGUGAUCGCGAUCGUUCCCGUGAUCGCUCGCGAGAGCGUCGAGGACACAAAUCCUAUCGACGCAAACCAUCACUUUAUUGGGAUGUACCGCCACCUGGCUUUGAGCAUAUAACUCCCAUGCAGUACAAAGCAAUGCAGGCUUCCGGACAAAUACCACCCAAUACAGUUCCAGAAGUACCACAAGCUGCUGUUCCUGUUGUGGGUUCGACAAUUGCCCGACAGGCUCGCCGUUUAUAUGUUGGCAAUAUACCAUUUGGUGUGACUGAAGAUGAAAUGAUGGAAUUCUUUAAUCAACAAAUGCACUUGGUUGGCUUAGCCCAGGCUGAGGGCAAUCCGGUAUUGGCCUGUCAAAUAAAUUUGGAUAAGAAUUUUGCGUUCCUUGAGUUUCGUUCGAUUGACGAGACCAGCCAAGCAAUGGCUUUUGAUGGUAUUAAUUUUAAGGGUCAAGUUUUGAAAAUUCGUAGACCGCAUGACUACCAACCAUUGCCGGGGACAACAGAUACAAAAAUCAUACAAACACUGGCAUCUAAAGUAGUCACUAUAUCAACAGUUGUGCCAGAUUCACCACAUAAAAUAUUUAUUGGUGGUCUUCCCAACUAUUUGGGCGAUGAACAGGUUAAAGAGCUACUUUUAUCUUUUGGACAAUUGCGGGCUUUUAAUUUGGUUAAAGAUGCAUCGACUGGUUUGAGCAAGGGCUAUGCUUUUUGUGAAUAUGUCGAUUUGAGCAUAACUGAUCAGGCUAUAGCCGGUUUGAAUGGCAUGCAAUUGGGCGAAAAGAAACUUAUUGUUCAAAGGGCAAGUGUUGGUGCCAAAAAUGCUCAAAAUAAUCAAGCAGUUGUGGCCACACCAGUCACAAUACAGGUGCCUGGUUUGUCCAAUUUCAUUUCAUCUGGCCCACCCACGGAGGUGUUGUGUCUGCUCAACAUGGUUACACCAGAUGAAUUACGUGACGAAGAGGAAUACGAAGAUAUUCUAGAAGAUAUUAAGGAGGAAUGCAAUAAAUACGGUGUUGUACGUAGUGUUGAAAUACCACGACCCAUCGAUGGUGUCGAUGUACCCGGUUUGGGCAAAGUGUUUGUCGAAUUCAAUUCUGUCAUGGAUUGUCAGAAGGCUCAACAGGCGUUGACGGGUCGCAAAUUUAGUGAUCGGGUAGUAGUUACAUCUUACUUUGAUCCCGACAAAUAUCAUCGCCGUGAAUUCUAAGCAUAAUAUCAUCAUUUUCAUCUUCUCAUUUCCUCUGUAUGUCAUAGUUAUAAGAUACCGUUCAAUUUAUGCAAAUGCAUAUUUAGGUUUGUACAAACAAUAUUUAUCCAAUAAAUUAGUAAAAGCUAAAUUAAUGAUCAA